AUGGCCGACCGAAAUAGUUCAGCCCGUAGGAGAAGGUCGAGCAGCAUUCUGCAAGUCUAUCAUGAGCCUCCAGAGACGCUCGAGCAAAUCAGUGACCAAGCUGUGCUGCCCAACCUCAACGCCAAUUGGACAAGUGCAAAAGGAGCCUGGACCAUCCACAUUGUUCUCAUCGCCGCCCUCAAGAUUCUCUACGACAUUAUCCCCGGUGUCUCCCAGGAGACAUCGUGGACCCUCACCAACAUGACGUACAUGUUUGGCUCGUACAUCAUGUUCCAUUACGUCCGCGGUGUCCCCUUCGAAUUUAAUAGCGGCGCCUUUGACAACCUAAACAUGUGGGAACAAAUCGACAAUGGCGCCCAAUACACCCCGACCAAGAAGUUUCUGCUCAGUGUCCCCAUUGUGCUGUUCUUACUCAGCACACAUUACACCCACUAUGACCUUGCAUACUUCAUCAUUAAUUUCUUGGCUGUAUUAGCCGUCGUCAUUCCUAAGCUGCCUUUUAGUCACCGGAUGCGAUUUGGCCUGUUCUCAGGACCCCCCGAGGAGGAUUAG